AUGCCCCUUCAGAAGUCCUUCUCGGAGCAACAAGGUCCUCCAAGAGCCAAGCAGACGUGGAAUCGCUCCAAGUCACAUUCUGGGGCCCAUACAACGGCACGGCUCACGACAACAAGACCUCUACAACCAGUUUCAGAAGCCAGCAAAAACAAGCUUCACGCUUUCGAGUUCCGUGACAACGUGCCGAAAAACACCGACGGCAACGAAUCGCUUCUGGAUCAACAGUCGACUGAUACCGAUCCGCAGAAGCAGCAUAAUAGCCCAACUGACGACGGGCUGCCAUGCAAUUCGGAGAGAAUAGCCAUCACGCCUCGAGAUAAGCUAGUCUGGCAGGAACUAAUUGGCAUUCCUGAAGACAAGGAAGACCGCGAGGACGUUAGCCCGAAUGAGCGCAUUCUCUGGGACUCGAAACGUCGCGAAGGAGUGCCCGAAAUAUCACCUGUAAUCAUCCGAAGAAGGGGUAAGAAGCGUGCGCGUAGCUCAUCUCCCACGUCGUCCCCCUCGAGCCACACGAACCUGGCCACGCCUGCUGUCAAUGUCAAGCGCUUGACACAAGCCCUCAAGUCUGGAAGUGCUGAUCCCGCCACGGAGCUCUGGGACCGAUUCGCCCUGAGUGGCUCAACAAAUAGACCUGCUCAGGGAGCUGCCAAUCCUGCUCUCGCCCAGAUUAUGGUCUCUUCCUCACCGCAGACGAACAAGAUACGAACAAACGGUCUCCUUCAGCCAGGCUCUCCCUCUGGAAGCAGUCUGCGCCGCGCAAUAAGUUGUGGUACGAAUUGGCCGAAGCGUCGUAGGACGGACCGUGGCGAAAGCACCGUGCAGCCCACCACCAUGAUGGACGAGAGCCCGACCCAGAGUACCAAGGCGUCCAUGGUCAAUGCACUGCUGAGGAGUGUUGAUGGUGAGAUCAACCGCUCAAAGGCUUUGCAGGCCCGACAUGACGCUCUAAAGUCCCCAUCGCCAAAAAAGAAGCAGCAAGGACCAAUGUCAAAUGGAUCACCAAAACGGAGGGUCCCACCGCCGCCACUCUUUGAAUCGCUUGAAAAGACGACAUCGACUGGAUCUCGAGGAGAGGAACACACCGCUUCAAAGGAGGAUUCGUCCGAUUAUGGUGAUGACGACUUUGAUUUCGAUGAGGACACACUCAUGGUGCUGGAUGGCGGUACCGUGACCACGACCCAAGACGAGACAUUUACGGCUAUUCCACCUCAAAUUAAGCCAUCAACACAAUCGGAUGAUGGUGAUGACGAGUUUGGGGACAUGGAUGACGACGUAUUCGCGGCAGCAGAAAAUAUAAUAGCUGGUAUAGACUCGCAUCAGUCUUCACAAGCCACGCCACGACAAUUGGCAGAACACUCGGUGGUUGCUGAAGCUGUAAUGAAGAUGAAAAAUGGGGAAGCGGAAGAAGAUUUGUACGAUGAUGAUUUUGGAGACGACUUUGAUUUUGAGGCGGCCGAGGUCUCUGCAACUCAGGCAGUUCAACAGCAGAGUAGCCUUGGCACAUCGGCACCACCUGCGACACAUAAGCCUAAGGCAAUCCAGCGAUACCUGGUCACCAAGGUUGUUGAAACCGAGUUCAUGGACGAGAACAGCAGGUUAGGUGUGGAAAAGAUCCUCUUUGUUCAGGUUGACCGAAGCAACGUGAUGAAGACUAUACACCUGCGUGGUGACUGGGUCGAUACAUCCGUGCAUGACAAAGCAUUUGUACACGUCAUUGGAGAGUUCCAAAAUGGUGGGCAAUGCAUCAUUGACAAUAACCAAAAUAUCCUCAUCCUACACCCCGAUCAGCUUAUAUCUGCUACUGUUGUGGCAGAUAGUUUCACAUGUAUGCGUCGAGCCGUGCUUCAGGAUCGCGUGAAGGCGACUAGCGAAGCUACCGCGCCCCUGGUGUAUGGAACGUUGCUACACGAGAUAUUUCAGGAGGCGAUGAUGGCCAAUGAGUGGAACACUAAAUUUUUGGACUCACUUAUCACAACGAUCACCGAGAAACAUGUGGAAGAUCUGUACAAAAUCAAGGUAUCAAUGAGCGACGCUCGCGAGCAUCUUCGCUCAAAGAUGAUUGAGUUGCAGCAUUGGGCCGCCGCAUUUGUUUCUGGCGAGCCAAAAGCUGAUGCAGUCAUUCAAGGGCGCAAUGGAGACAAAGGCAUCAUGUGCGUGAGCAAGCUGCUCGACGUGGAAGAGCACGUAUGGUCGCCAAUGUACGGUCUCAAGGGCAAUAUCGAUGCGACUGUACAGGUCACCAUGAAAGAUGGCCCAAAGACGAGAACAUUGACCGUGCCCUUUGAGGUGAAGACUGGCAAGAAUGCCACCAGCAAUCAUCAAGCCCAGACAUCUCUGUACAACUUACUACUGGCUGACCGUUACGACAUCGAGAUCGCCUAUGGUAUUUUGUACUACAUGGAGAACUCGAGCACAAUUCGAAUACCAACGAUUCGUCAUGAACUACGUCACAUGAUCAUGCAGCGCAACGAAUUGGCCUGUCAUGUCCGAGAACGCAGCGUACAACUGCCGCCAAUGAAGCGCAAUGCCAAUACUUGCGGAAAAUGCUAUGCCAAGGCUUCCUGCUUCAUCUACCACAAGCUCGCAGAUGAUGGUGAUGGAGAAACAAGCGGUAUGAAGACCAAAUUCGAUGAGGUUGUCAAGCAUUUAUCGCCCAUCCAUCAAGAGUUUUUCCUGAAGUGGGAAAACCUAUUGACAAAAGAAGAGAAGGAGAGCCAGAAGCUACGGCGAGAACUAUGGACCAUGUUGAGUUCGGAACGUGAAAAAGUCGGCCGAUGCUUCGCAAACGUGAUGAUUGAGGAGGGAUCUGCUGCAGAGCAAAAAGACAGUCCGAAGAUCAACCGCUACACUUACAGUUUCAUCAAGGAUACUCCUGCAGCAGGCUUUUCCUUCAUGGAUUCGCAGCUUGCGGUUGGCGAGCCCAUAGUGGUCUCCGACGAACAAGGCCACUUUGCUUUAGCAUUGGGUUACGUAACUGCAGUAAGGAAGGAGAAAAUCAGUGUCGCAGUGGAUCGCAGACUACACAAUGCCCGCAUCCGCCAGCCUGGGUUCGAUGAAGCAGAUAACCAGGUCUUUGCUAGCAUCAUGGAAGUUGUGCCUGAAGGAGCAACACCAGCGCUGUCCCAGGGAAAAAUCAAGAAAUCUCCAAUUCGCUACAGGCUCGACAAGGACGAAUUCAGUAAUGGCAUGGCUACUGUGCGCAACAAUCUGGUCCAGAUCAUGACCAAUGAUAUCUUUGGGUCGCGAGAGAUCCGUCGACUCGUAGUCGAUCUUGCAGCGCCAACAUUCAAGGCAAUGUCGACUCAAUAUACGAUCAAAGACCAAGGCAGCCUCAACGUUGAUCAGCAGAGAGCCAUUCACAAGGUCAUGAGCGCCAAAGACUAUGCUCUUGUGCUUGGCAUGCCUGGCACUGGCAAGACAACUACAAUCGCACAUAUCAUUAGGGCACUAGUCUCCCAGGGCAAGAGUGUCUUGUUGACAUCUUAUACACAUUCUGCCGUUGACAAUAUCUUGCUGAAGUUGCAGAAGGAUAAGAUUCCGAUACUGCGAUUAGGUGCCCCUGCCAAGGUCCAUCCCGCAGUGCAGGACUUUGCUGUACUGGCGGCUCAGCGGAAGGACACUUUUGAUGAGAUUCAAGACGCCUGGCACAAUACUCCGAUCGUGGCGACAACCUGUCUUGGAGUCAACCAUCCUGUCUUCAACGAGCGGACCUUUGAUUACUGUAUCGUGGAUGAAGCCUCCCAAAUCACCUUGCCGAUUUGCCUCGGGCCUAUUCGACUUGCAAAGACGUUUGUCCUCGUCGGCGAUCACAAUCAACUCCCGCCACUGGUACAGAAUGAGGAGGCCAGGGUCGGGGGUUUGGACAUCAGUCUGUUCAAGCUUCUUUCAGAUACCCAUCCUGACUCGGUCGUAAACCUUGAGCACCAAUACCGCAUGUGCGAAGAUGUAAUGACACUGAGUAACAUGUUGAUCUACAAUGGCCGUUUGAAGUGUGGAACCGAGGAGCUCCGUCACCGCAAACUCGACAUUCCCAACAUGGCUGCACUGAGCUCAAAGCACUACGAUGUUGAGACACUGGCACACUCGGGGAACCCACGCUCAAUUUGUGCGAACUGGACUCAGCCAACUUGCUGGUUGCGUUCUAUCAUUGACGCAGAGGCCCGCGUUCGAUUUAUCAAUACGGAUCUAAUUCCAGAUUCGCGUGAGGAAGCCAAAGGAAACCGGAUUGUAAACCCGACAGAAGCCAGCAUCGUGACUCAACUUGUCGACGCACUUCUUUCGGUCGGCGUACCAGCUGCCGAAAUUGGUGUCAUGACGCACUAUCGCAGUCAGCUUUCGCUCUUGAAGCACAACUUACGAGCUCACGGCUCUCACAUUGAGCUUCACACGGCAGACAGAUUCCAAGGGCGCGAUAAAGAGGUCGUCGUUCUCUCACUUGUGCGCUCAAAUGAGCAGCAUAGUAUUGGUGACCUACUCAAAGAUUGGAGAAGAAUAAAUGUAGCAUUUACGCGUGCCAAGACAAAACUGCUGGUUGUUGGCAGCCGAGACACGUUGCGCAACUGCGGUGAGGCCGAAAUGGUGAGCAGAUUUGUGAAACUCAUGGAGGACAAGAAUUGGGUAUUCGAUCUACCAGCCGAUGCGCUAGAGGGCCAUUGGUUUGAAGAGGGCUCAACACAGGUUACUUCUAGAGGUCAUGGUCUCCGUGGCCGAUCUCAAUCGCGAUCUCCAAUGAAGAAAGCGUCGUGGAAAGCUGUAGCUGAUGAGGGUUUUGGAUUUGACGCAGGAAAAGAGAAUAUGAGGCCAGCGCCUGCGAGGGCCAAGGUCACUGAGAGAGCAUUGUUGAAGAACAAACCCCUUUUGACAGAUAUUUUUAAUGACUUGAUGGGUAGCGGGGAGUAUUGA